GGUUCAACAAGGGAUUGUGGGAAGUCGGACUGUCAGUGUGCGUCCUUGUGCUGUGCCUUUACCUCUUAGCUUAACAUAACACAGAACUUACCAAAAUGUACAGACAACUUCUGGGACUUCGGCAGCUUUCCAGGCGGACCAUCACAAGCAGUGCCUGCAGACAGGCUAAUAACGCUGUGAAGGAAAAACAAAAACUGUUUCAGGAGAACAAUGGUUUACCUAUCCAUCUGAAGGGCGGGGCAAAGGAUGCUCUCAUCUACAGAUUCACAAUGGCUCUCACUGUGUUUGGGAGUGGAUAUGUGGUGUAUGAGCUGUUUAGUGCUGCAAUGCCCAAGAAGGCAAAGUGAAAAGGAUUGGACUAUCUGACGGAACAAUCAUGCACCCGCUGCAUGUAACUCAUUAAGUCUGUGUUGCUCAGUAUUCUUGGAAAUUAAUUGUCUUAUCAAUAAUAUCAGUAUGUGUCAUGUUUGAUAUAUUUAUUGAUUGUACAAAUCAUGAGCUGUUGAUAAUAAUACAAAUAUAUUUGUUGUGAAA